AUGAUCUUUCAGGUAGUACUCGUCGUGGCCCUCGCUUCUUCAGCCCUGGCUCGCCCUGGGUUCUACAGCGCUCCAACUGCAUCGGUUCCUGCACGGUACAACUACAUGUACACCGUAAACAAUAAUUUCGGCAACAACUUCGGCCACCAGGAGUCCCGCAAUGGAUACGACACCCGAGGCUCCUACUUCGUCCAGCUUCCUGACGGUCGCCUUCAGAAGGUGACUUACACUGUUAACGGCAACUCCGGUUUUGUGGCUCAGGUGCGCUACACGGGAGAGGCCCGCCAUCCCCCUUCUAGGUCCUCAAAUACAUACGGCGCCUACCGAAUGGUGGCUACAUUUUGCUGA